GUUUGCGAGAACGCAGUGCCUUGUUAUUUCAACCUGCGUAACGUCACGUGCUGGUCCUAACUAAAGGCCAUGUCAAAGCACAACAGGUUGACUGUAAGCUUACGUUGCUGGCACUGCCAAAGACUAGGUUUGAAGGUUUUCUGACAUUCCUUUAAUCCUUUUGCCUACUUCGGUCUAGAGUUAUCGGGCUCCAGGUCAGGCACCGAGAGCUUAAGUAAUACACAGUGAUCGCUGAAUGUUCCGCUUCAUUACAUCUACGUAAGAGUGAAACGGAAUUUGGGCCCAUUCUUCCUUCCCUGAUUCGAUGGCCCUUCAAGUCGGAGGUUGGGGCUACAACUGAAGAGCGCGCGGGGACACGACCCUAACCGUUAGACCCAUGGGAAGCAGCUCUUUCCUAUACUAGUUUACUGUUGAAACCGUGCAAUUUGUGCAUACCUGAAGCCAGCGGCGCCUGCGACUGCCACCUCGUGCCAUCCCGCUCCUAAAUACGUUGCGGAUUGCGAGGCACACCCAUACUACGCAACUAAUCGCCGCAAGCUAUGUCGUCAUAUACCUAUCAGUUUCUCGGCAGCAAGCGUGGCGAGCAGGGCGGCCCUUCUCCAGCAACUGCUGCUUUCGAAUUGCAGCUACCAGUAUCCCGCCCAUCCAACGGGAACCGCCUCCAUGAAUCCUCAUCUUAUGGCGGCCUCGACCCUCUCGAGGACGUCAACCAGCGAGAGACCUUCCACGACAAAGACUUGCUGUUGCCUUCCGAGGCCUUCCGCAAGCUGCGUCGCCGCACGUGCUGCGGCAUCGACGUCACGUGGCUCUCGGACCGCCUCCCGCCUCGCUGGACCCUGUGGUGGAAGUCGCAGCCACCCGGCAAGCAGCGCGCCCUAACCGCCGGCUGCGGUUGCGUCGCCCUCCUGCUGCUCUUCCUCCUCAUCUUCCUACCCAUCAACAGCUCGAUUGAGGCUCAUAAAGCCUACGUCUACUCCUUGAGCAUCCCAUCGCCAUCCCAGCCGCCGCAGCCGCCCAAUCCGCCGCCGCUUCCCUCGCCGCCGUCGCCUCCACCACCGCCGCCACCCCCAGCGCCACCCAACCCCCCGAGUCCACCCCCGCCCCAGCCUCCGUCUCCUUUUCCCCCGCCGCCGCCGCCCUCGCCCACCCUGCUCUGCAACUACACGGCCCUCGGGCUUCCCGACGUCGCACGGCCCCUCCACUACGACCUCCAACUGGAUAUCUACUUCAACCCCCACCCCGAUGCUGCCGGCUCCACUGCCGACAGCGCCGAAAGCGACGGUGGCGGCGGAAGUGGUAGCGGCAGCAGCGACGGUGGCGGCGGCGGCACGGCGAUCUGCGGCUCCGACGAGUGCGUUGCCGGUUUCGUCAACAUCAGUGUCGUCCUGGCGCGGCCAACGCAGUGUCUGGUGCUGCAUGCGGCGGCGGGAAUGGACAUCCGUAGCGUGUCGUACAGCCGGGGGAGCCAGCAGUGGCAUGGCACUGUCCGCUCCGUCAACCCGGCCUCGCAGCAGGUGGUCCUGCACUUCGAGCACCCGCUGUCCGCCUCCCAUGCCGGUCACCUGCUGCUGGCGUUCAGCUACCCGCUGAGGGAGGGGCUGGACGGGCUGUACAAGAGCGUGUACACGGACGGGGCCGGCACGCACGCGCUGGUGUCCUCGCAGUUUGAGAGCUCGUCGGCACGCAAGGCCUUCCCGUGCUUUGACGAGCCCCACCUCAAGGCCACCUUCACCACCACCCUCAUCACGCCGCGCGGCAGCAGCACCCCUCCCGCCGGCAGUGACGCAGGGUCGGCUGACCCCCAGAGCCCCCCCUCGCCCCAGCAGCAGCCCCCCGAGCCCUGGGCAGUGCUCUCCAACACGCAUGCAGCCAGCCAGACCACCCUGCCUGGCAGCGGCCGCCUGCGCACUACCUUCCAGCCCACCCCCGUCAUGAGCACCUACCUACUGGUGGUGGUGGUGGGCCGCCUGCAGAGUCGCACUCGGGACUGCGAGGAGGUGCCGGUGCAGCUGCGGGUGUGGGCCACCCCGGAAAAGUCGCACCUCCUCAGCACCGCCCAGCAAGUGGGUUGCUCCGCUCUCGCCACCUUCACCGCCGCCUUUAACCUGAGCUAUCCCUUGCCUAAACUGGACCUGGCGGGACUGCCCAACUUUGCAGCGGGUGCCAUGGAGAACUUUGGCUGCAUCACCUUCAGGGAGGCUGCCUUGCUGGUGGACCCGGCAGCGGACGACAUCAGCACGACGCUAUGGAUAGCCACGAUGGUGAGCCACGAGAUCUCACACCAGUGGUUUGGCAAUAUGGUGACGAUGGCAGAUUGGCGCGAACUCUGGCUCAACGAGGGCUUUGCCAGCUACCUGGAACUGCUCGGCGCUAACGCCUUCGCGCCGCAGUACGGAUACUGGCAACUGUCGUACACGGACCUUGUGGCCCCAGCCUUGUCGUACGAUGUACUGCCGUACAUCCAUCCGUUGAGUGACACGGCACGAGAGAUCCAGUCACUUUCAGACAUUGAAAGCUAUUUCGACACAGUCAGCUAUCAAAAGGGCGGCGCCGUGCUGCGCAUGCUGCGAGCCGUCCUGAACCCCCACAAGCUGAGCAGCGGCGACACGCCAGUCAUGCGUCGCCACCACCACCAUCACCGCCGCCUCCUAUCAUCAUCACCGCCACAAAAGUCGCCCCCUCCCCACCGGCCACCGCCUCCCCCGCACUCCUCCUCAAGACCGCCUCCUCCCAAGUCCCAUCCGCCGUCCCGCCAGCUGCAGCCCUCACCGCCGCCAUCACCGCCCACCCAUUCCCCCUCUCCCGCCCCAGUCCUGUUGCCCACCUACCCUCCGUCGCGCUCUAGCCCACCGCCGCUGCAGGCGUCCGCGUCAACGCCUGGGGAUGAUGCCACGGCAUCACCUGAUCCUAGUACAGCUGACUCCAAAACAGCGGAUGCAGCAGCGGCGGCAGCAGCAGCAGCAGCCGAGCAGAGCUCACUGCGUGCGGAGUUUGAUGCAGAUCCGCUGUUCCGGGCGCUGCGGGUGUAUUUGAAGGAGCAUUUGUACGACAGCACGACUGCGGAGAUGCUGUGGGAUACGGUGUCCUCUGAAACAGGUCUAAACGUGUCGUACUGGAUGCACAGUUGGACGUACAACUCCAACUACCCUGUCGUACAAGUUGGCCUUUCUUCAACUCCUCCCAACGGCACAACCGUCAUCGUACAGUCUGCUGAUGGGGAUAACGGUAGCAACGACGACAGCGCCAGCGGUGGCCCCCCUGCUGGCGCUGCCGCCGCAGCUGGGAGGGAUAACACCUCCUCGGCGACAUCUUGGUAUCUAAAUGUACGACAGAUGCCGAUUGCGGUUUCCAGCCCGAUGAGCCCCAGCAACGUCAGCAACAGCAGCAGUGGCAAUGGUAAUGAAGGCGGUUCGGUGGCAGUCCCCAAGUGGUGGAUACCCCUUAGCUUCCGGCUUCCGGGUGCCACAGAAAUGAAGUGGGCGGCUUUUGACUCGCGAAGAGCCGCAGUGCCCCUCACCACCUACGGACCGCCAGUCAACUCCUCUUCUCCUACUGCUCCUGCUGCUGCUGCUUCCACUGCUCCUGCUGCCGCACCACCACCGUACAUUGUAGUAAACCCCGGGCGCUACGGCUACUACCGAGUGAACUACGAUGCGGACAUCUGGACAGCGCUGUCGGUUGCAGCGGCCGACUCCUCCGCCAUUCCUGCCGUCGACCUGGCAGGCAUGCUGGACGACUCCUGGCAGCUCAGUCGGCUGGGACAGCUGGGGCCGCAGGUGUUCAUGCGGCUCACGGCGGCACUGGGGGCGAGACUGCUGCCCGAGUACGAGCCCUGGGCGGUGGCGCUGUCCGGGCUGCAUGCCUGGCAGCGCCUGCUGGAUACCGCGAGCCAGCUUGGGGAGGUGGACACAUCACCAAACACCGGUGGCAGCAGCAGUAGCAGCAACGAUGGUAGCAGCAGCGGCAGCAGCAGUGCGAACAGCAGUGAUGGCAGCAGUGGCACGACAGCUAGCAGGGCCGUGCGUGGGGGCAGUUACUACCGUGCAUGCGCUCGUAGCUUGGGGUCGUUCACCCGGGGCCGACUGACAGCCCCUCUCCUGGCGAACCUGACGCUUCCUGCGAGCAACCUAUCCUCCUCCUCCGCCGCCUCUUCGAGCGAUGCGCCCAACGUCGUCGCCCGAGGGCUGACCUUCACCGUCAGCACCGACGCACCCCUGGACGCCGCACGACUGCAGCUACGGCUGCUGCGCCCACUGGCGCUCACAGCCGCCGCUCGGGCUGUGGUUUCCGCGCUCGACAACACCACCCAGCUGCGGCUGCUGCGGCAGAAGGAGCAACCCUUCAAGGAGGCUGACAACCUGCGCCCCAGCCUGGACGAGCCCUCCACCGCGCACCCCGACGUGCGGCGGGCGGUGUACGCCAUCAACGUGAUGGCGAACAGCUCCGAGGCGUGGGCCACCACUCGGGAGCUGUACUGGCGGGAGUCCGACGCCACGGAGCGCUCCCGCCUGCUGUCGGCGCUGGCGCAGGCCCCAGGUGCCUGGGGCGCCCGCCGCGCCCUGGAGCUCACCCUGCUGCCCGGGUUCCCGCUGCAGGACGUGGGGUCGCUGCUGGAGGCGGUUGGCACUCGAGGCGGAGUAGCGUUGUACGAGACGUGGACGUUCGUACGGCAACACGCAGGUCAGCUGCUAGCUCGGUACGGCAGCAACGGUACGGACGCCGUCAGCGGCGCGAGCUACAGCCUGGGUCGCGCGUUGAAGGCCGUGUUCGGGGGCUUUGUGGAGGACAGUCGCGCGCAGGAGGUUACGGCUUGGGCCGCCAAGUAUCCUGGGCUAUUGGACAGUGGCAUUGGAACGUUUGUACGGCAGCGUAUAGAGUACAACAAACAAUGGCUGGCUGGACCGGCCAUCGGGCUCUGUGAUUGGCUACAACAGCAGCAGCAGCAGUGGCGGUAGGCUUAGCACACGCAUGUUAUACAGUGUGCUAUAAGUAGCAGUUGAGGCAGUAGCAGUGAUGGCUGAUACACUUGGUUGAGCCGUUGUGCGUUGGAAGUAAGGGAUAUAGCGGAAGCACUGUACGGCGGGUGGGGGUCGCACUGCAUUGUACAUACGCAUGGCGUUCGCGUGUUUCCUUUCACGGGUUUCAGGCAGGUGCAUGCAGGCGAGCCCUGAGAUGGUGUGUAGAUACCGGUAGUGCAGGCGCAGGGGACCUUCCAGAGCACUGAUAUGCACCGGUGUAGUAAUGUGGUAGGUCUGGCUGGGGUAACAAGUAGCUAAGGGCUAUCGUUAGGGGCUGUCGUUUAGGGGCAUGUCAUGGACUGAGAGAGGAAUUAGAACAACAGUUGCAGGUGCAUAUGAACAUCUACGUGAAACAAAAACACUUGGAUUGGCUUUAUCAUCAUGCCUAACCUAGUGAUGAGUGGCAACCGACCGUACAUGUUCGUACAGAGACGGAUGACGAGGAGUUGAGCGGGAUUGUGUUUUGUGCAUAAAGCAGGAGUUUGUGCUUCCAUCCUUGGUGUCAAACCUCUCCUUGCGCAAGUGGCGCGAAUGGGAGCCAAGCAAGAGAUUGUGCUGAUGCACGGCAACAUGCACAAGAGGUGAAUGGCGAUUGU